AUGCAGAGGUCCAUCCUCUUGGGGCCCAGAUUCCUCUUCCUGAAGGCGGCGCUGUUCCCGGCCCGGGCGGAGUCGCCGGAGGCUUCCAAAUACUGUGGCCACUUGGAGUGCUGGAACCCUGACAACCUGUGCUGCGGCAGCUGCCUGCAGCGCUUCGGACCGCCCUACUGCCCGGAGCUGACCGGUUUGGCAUCAAAGCCCCUGUCUCACCUCUUGGAUGAGCUGGAAGUGCUGGAGGAGCUAAUGGUGCUGCUGGACCCAGAGCCUGGGCCAGGUGGAGGAAUGGGCUGUGGCACUACUCCACACCUGGCUGCAAGAUAUGGACUGCCUGCGGCCUGGUCCACCUUUGCCUACUCGCUUCGACCUACUUGUUCACCUCUGUAGGCCCUUAUAGAGGUGGUAGUGACAAGGGACACCUCUGCCUCUCUGGAGUUUGGCACACACCUGGCCCAACUAGGGCAGACAGAUGCACUGCAGGUGCUGUCGAAGCUUAGCUGAUCUGGGUAUUAAAUUAUCUAAUACUCAAUAAAAAUAAAACUUCCUUGAAAUAAAGUGCUUGCCACCUCUGGGCCUCAUUAAGGGGCCCUCUUGAAACAGUCUUAGUUGGCUCAAAAUGUAGUAGACCCACACCCCCUUCCCCCAAGAAAAAGGCCCAUUCCACUAUUUACUCAACACCAGAUGUGGUGCAGGACUCAGGUGCUUCUGGGCAACCAGUUCUGAGAGAAGCAGCCCUCCACAGAGACUCAGCUGGGUUCCAGCUUGGAAAAUUAUUGAUAGACACCUGUU